AUGGAGCAGGAGGCCCAGCUGCUCCGGCGCCAGUGCUCCUGGCAGGCGGCUCGGCGCCUGGUCGCAGAGGAACCUGAGAAAUCAGUGUCCGUCUUGGAUAUGUCCUCAUCUCCCAGAAGUGGUGGCGUGCACACCUCCUGGAACCACAACCCACCAGGCUAUCGCCUCUGCGCUUCCUGUCCAGACCUGGCGAGGGUUCCCUCGGGAUCUGUAGAGACUGUCCGGCAGAAUGUGGGUGAAGUGGAGUCACGGUUCAGUGUGUUGCUGCCCGAGUCUGGUGUGAACUACUGCUCCCCAGUGGCCCUGAUGCCUUCACGCAUGAUUUACUGUCAGGGCCCAGGCCCCUCCCAGCCCGGAGUGAUGCUCCUCAGGGGGCCUCAGGCGGGGUCCUUGGGAGAACCGGGGAUUCCCAGAGUGGCCCUGACCUACAGUGGGAAUCUCAGGGGGCCCUGCACUGGGCCAUCCACCUCGGCUCCCACUGGCGUCUCCAUGAUGUCCCGCAUCUGGAACCCACCAACGCCUUGUUCUGGUUCCCCCAAAGGACCUCCCAGCAGGGAUUCUCUAAUCCCUAAAAUGACCUUGGCCCCAGUCAUGUCUUCAGCCGAGACCCAGGCAACGCUCCCCUGUUUGCCUGAGGUGUUAUCCUCUAGAGACCGCCACGAUCUUGAGAUGCCCCUGGCUGGAUCCCCAUCACUGCUGGCUUUAGAAUCCCCAAGUUCUUCUGAGAGUCAGCCAGCCGGUGGGGAAGAUUACUCCUUACCAGAGCAGCCCAGAGCCUCAGCCCAGGGGCCAGAGCAGAGCCCCAAGACCCAGGAAAAGGAUCCUGGGAGAAGAUCGCCGAUUUCAAGGCCGUACCGCUGCCAGCAUGAGAACUGUGGCAAGGCCUACACCAAACGCUCCCACCUUGUGAGUCACCAGCGCAAACACACAGGCGAGAGGCCCUACCGAUGCAAAUGGGAAGGCUGCCUGUGGUCUUUCAUCCGGUCUGAUGAGCUUGGACGGCACAUGCGCAUCCACACCAAGUACAGACCCCACCGGUGUGAGCUGUGCGGCCGGCAGUUCAUGCGCUCAGACCAUCUCAGGCAGCACCAGAGAACACAUGAGCGGGUGUCCAAGUCUCCGGAGGUGCAGUCCAUCUCUUCGGCCCCGCAUUUCGCCUUCUCCACCCACACCCCACCUGCCUCUGACCAGCUGGUCCUGGUGGACGGCGUCGACCUAGAGGAAGACACAUCUUUACAGAGACCCACAGGGUGCUCCGUCAGAGCAAGGAUCUUCUCCAACAUCUUCUCCUACCAAAGCAGAAUCUUUGAUCCUCAUGCCCCAUCUCCUCUUCUGGAGAAUGAGAAAAACGGGACCGGACUGGCCCAGCACAUCAGCAGCUUCCUGCUGGUCAGCCAAGAGAGAAGCCUCAUCCUUGUCAAUGUUUGUCCAUGCUACUUGGAGGGACAGGACAUGGCCCUGGCAGACUGCCGCUGA